AUGGAAUUAGCAGCCACCACCAUUCGCAAAUUAAGACAGGUUCGAAGCAGAAGCAGAUUGUACACUGUGGCAACACAACCUCAUCAUCCUAUUAGCACCGUCUCAACAGCCUGCAAGCAAAUCCCUGUCUGCAAUAUGGAAGCUCCCCCUGCGCAGCUAACCGAUAUCCCUCAAGUGCAAAAUGGACAACAGCAAAGGACAACAACAGGAGGUGCAUGUACCGCACAGAAAUCAAAAUAUCUCACAGUCACCCAGUAUCUCCCCACCCCGUAUCCCCAUCAAGGAAACAUCAACGGGGCAUUCGAUUCUUCCUGUUGCCUUGACGGACGUAAUAACUCAGUUAUUAACAAUUAUGUGGAUGGAAACCAGGCCAUCAAGCAGACUGCUAUGCAUUUUGGGGAUGGUAAGAGGAAGGUGGACUAUGUACUCGCCUAUCAUUAUCGACACCGCUCUUCCCAACAAAAUGGAUCUCCUGAAGCUCACAGACCACCAGCAGUUAUUAUUUCCAAUGGGAAUUCAGUCACUCCAGAGGAAAUAGGGAAAUCACCGCCUGAGCAACCCCUGCCAGGAGAAUUACAGCACCAACACCAGAAACUGAAAGACCAGAGUCAUCAAAAGCCACCGGAACAAGAUCACCCACCCUCUGGUAACGGUAAUGGAAAUCAGUCGUGUCAUCCGCAGGAGGUCAUAGUGGUGGAGAUGAGCCACCAGGAUGCUCUUGAAGAAGAGAAAAGGUGUCAGAGGGAUGAAUUUGAACACAACCUUAUCGAAGCUGGUUUGGAGUUGGAAAAAGACCCUGAGAAUAAGAGCCAAGGGCUAAAUUUUGUGAGGAUUCACGCACCAUGGCAUGUACUAAGUCGUGAAGCAGAAUUCCUUAAAAUAAAGGUGCCCACCAAAAAGAUGUAUGAAGUAAAGCAAGAACACGGAAUCCUUGUAAAAUUAUAUGCAAUAUGGAAUAAAUGUACAAAGCCUUUACAACCCAAUGUGCCACAACAAAGCGAAAAUACAAAGAUGAAACACUUAUCGUAUCCCUUUUCCAGAGACAAAAUGCAUCUAUACAACAUUAAAGACAAGGACACAUUUUUUGACAAUGCUACACGCAGCCGAAUAGUACAUGAGAUUUUAAAGAGAACGUCUUGCACAAAGGCCAAAUACAGUAUGGGUAUUACCACAUUGAUAGCAAACAAUGUCUAUGAAUCUGCAUAUCCUCUUCACGAUGGUGACUAUGACCACAACAAUGGUGAAAUGAAUGACAGAAUGUUGUUACACCGGGAAUGGGCCAGAUAUGGAGCAUUUUACAAAUAUCAACCUAUUGAUCUCAUAAGAAAGUAUUUUGGUGAAAAAAUUGGACUGUACUUUGCCUGGCUUGGUCUAUAUACAUGGCUGCUCAUCCCCGCCUCUGUAGUUGGAAUUAUAGUUUUCCUGUACGGUUGUGGCACUGUUGAUGCUGACAUCCCUAGUAAAGAAAUGUGUGAUCACGAACACAGCUUUACAAUGUGCCCUCUGUGUGACAAGUCGUGCGACUACUGGAAUCUAAGCACGGCGUGUGGGACAGCUCGAGCCAGUCAUCUAUUCGACAACCCAGCCACUGUCUUCUUCUCUGUCUUCAUGGCUCUGUGGGCUACGUUAUUUCUUGAGCACUGGAAACGCUUACAAAUGCGUCUGAGCUACUUCUGGGAUCUCACUGGUUUGGAAGAAGAAGAAGAACAUCCAAGACCUGAAUAUGAAACCAAGUUACUUUUAAUGAGAGAGAAAUCUAAAAACACUGUGAAUAAACUAGAAAAACUAACAUGGAGAAAUCGUAUUCCUGCUUACUUAGUAAAUUGUGCAGCUAUUUUAUUCAUGAUGGCGCUAACAUUUUCAGCAGUGUUUGGGGUGAUCAUAUACCGGAUCACGACCGCAGCAGCCUUGGCAUUCAGCACCGAUGAAGGGACCAGAUCGAAUGCCCGCGUGACGGUGACGGCUACGGCAGUUAUCAUUAAUCUCGUGGUUAUACUUAUACUCGACGAAAUUUAUGGAAUCGUUGCGAAAUGGCUCACAGAAAUAGAGGUACCAAAAACUGAGAAAACUUUUGAAGAACGGUUAAUUCUGAAGGCGUUCCUAUUGAAGUUCGUUAAUUCCUAUGCCUCGAUAUUUUAUGUUGCCUUUUUUAAAGGAAGAUUUGUUGGAAGACCUGGAAACUACGCAUAUAUAUUCAAUGAUUACAGAGUUGAAGAAUGUGCACCAGGGGGCUGUUUAAUGGAACUGUGCAUUCAACUGAGUAUCAUUAUGUUGGGGAAACAACUGAUACAGAACAACUUAUUUGAGAUUGGAAUACCAAAAUUAAAGAAACUUUACAGGAAGCUUAAAGGCGUUUCGACCGAACCUGGAGAAAACAAUUUGCAUAAUGCGAGGCAGACGCAGCAAUGGAUCCGUGACUAUGCCCUUGAACCCUUUACAGGACUUACACCGGAAUACAUGGAAAUGAUAAUCCAGUUUGGCUUUGUCACUCUAUUUGUGGCAUCAUUUCCACUGGCUCCUCUCUUCGCUCUCCUGAACAAUAUCAUUGAAGUAAGACUUGAUGCAAAAAAGUUUGUUGCGGAGUUAAGAAGACCAGACGCAGUUCGAGCUAAGGACAUAGGUAUUUGGUACAACAUUUUGAGUGGAAUUGGCAAAUUUUCAGUGAUUAUAAAUGCAUUUGUAAUAUCUGUCACAUCCGACUUCAUCCCUCGUCUUGUGUAUCAGUACAUGUACAGUGAAAAUGGGACCAUGCAUGGCUUCAUCAAUCAUACCCUUUCCUAUUUCAAUGUCAGUCACUUGAAACCAGGAACACAACCUGAAAAUUCCCAGUUUGCUCAGGAUGUGGUGUUCUGCAGGUAUAAGGAUUACAGAGAGCCUCCUUGGUCCCCCAACCAAUAUGAUUUUUCAAAGCAAUACUGGACCGUUUUAGCUGUACGCCUGGCAUUUGUUAUACUUUUUCAGAACCUGGUCAUGUUUCUAAGUGCUGUGGUGGACUGGCUAAUACCUGACAUUCCAAAGGACAUAAGCGAACAAAUUAAAAAGGAGAAGACCGUGUUAGUCAACGUGUUUCUGAAAGAAGAGCACAAAAAGCUCCAGCUGAUAGAGAGUUUCCUGAUGCACGACAAACAGAAGAGCAAAACUGAAAGCAGAGGACGAAGGAGCCGAGCAGCCAGCUUCUGCCAGUUCAGCCGCAGCCAACGUGGCAGUUUUACGUCUUUCAGUUCACACCACACCGACGUGUGAGUCCUCCGGAGCGUCGCAGACAUGCAAGAAAGUUGUACGAUAAAAGCAUGUGAUUUUGAAACCAGAGACGGAAGGACAUACGGAUGGAGCAAGGCUAACGAGAAAAGAAUAAGAAAAAAAGAAAAUAAUUUUUCUCUCGUCAAUGUCUCCAAAAAGCCUUUGUGCAGGCUUUGUAACAUUUAACGUCUGUUCCAAUAUAUAGCACAGAUUUACGUAAACUGUGCGCGUUGGUCUGCUGUUAAUUUCGUUAUUUGAGUAACAGGGACCUGCGUACAAUACACGAGGUAGGAAAAGGAGCGCAGGUUUUGUAACAUAAAGUCAAUAGGGCUAGUCAAGCUCAUUCUUCUUCUUUUUCAUUUUAAUGAGCGGACUUCUUUAAAUGGUAUGACAUCACU